GCAGAACGUUUAGAACAGAAAAGUUUUCAUAGGUAAUGUGGAUGCAAAUAAUGGUGAUUUUAAUGUGUUCAUGUUUGAGCAUGAAACUUCCUGGAUAUAUCUGGUCUGCAUACAUAAUUUACUAAAGCAUUUUAAAUUUUAUUUUGUAGCCAGGUGGAUUACCGAGCAAAAUUAUGGGCUUGCAAUUUUUGUUACCAGAGAAAUCAGUUUCCUCCUACCUAUGCUGGCAUAUCUGAGAUGAACCAGCCUGCAGAACUCUUACCUCAAUUUUCUAGUAUCGAAUAUGUAGUACAGCGUGGACCUCAGAUGCCUUUGAUAUUUCUUUAUGUUGUUGACACUUGUAUGGAAGAUGAAGACUUACAAGCUUUGAAGGAAUCCAUGCAAAUGUCACUAAGUCUCCUACCUCCAACUGCUUUGGUGGGGCUUAUUACUUUUGGGAGAAUGGUGCAAGUUCAUGAGCUUGGCUGUGAAGGGAUUUCCAAAAGUUAUGUCUUCAGAGGGACAAAAGAUUUGUCUGCAAAACAGCUUCAGGAGAUGUUAGGACUGACAAAAAUGAAUGUUUCACAAGUGGGUCGUGGCCCUCAGGUACAGCAACCACCACCAUCUAACAGAUUCUUACAGCCAGUACAGAAAAUUGACAUGAAUCUCACAGAUCUUCUGGGUGAACUGCAGCGUGAUCCUUGGCCUGUUCCUCAGGGAAAGAGACCUUUGCGGUCUUCUGGAGUGGCUCUUUCUAUCGCUGUAGGACUUAUAGAGUGUACAUUCCCUAAUACUGGUGCCCGGAUAAUGAUGUUUAUUGGUGGACCAGCAACUCAAGGACCUGGAAUGGUUGUAGGGGAUGAACUUAAGCUGCCUAUUAGAUCUUGGCAUGACAUUGAGAAAGACAAUGCCAAAUAUGUCAAAAAGGGUACUAAGCAUUUUGAAGCUCUGGCAAAUCGUGCUGCUUCAACGGGUCAUGUUAUUGACAUCUAUGCAUGUGCACUAGAUCAGACUGGUCUCCUGGAGAUGAAGUGCUGUCCUAACUACACAGGGGGUUACAUGGUAAUGGGAGAUUCAUUCAAUACAUCCUUGUUCAAACAAACCUUUCAGCGUGUGUUUACCAAAGAUGUGCAGGGGCAAUUCAAGAUGGGAUUUGGAGGCACCUUAGAAAUUAAGACCUCAAGAGAAAUCAAGAUAUCUGGAGCUAUUGGACCUUGUGUAUCACUCAAUUCUAAAGGGCCUUGUGUAUCAGAAAAUGAAAUAGGAACAGGAGGUACUUGUCAGUGGAAGAUAUGUGGACUUAAUCCUAGCACAACUUUAGGAUUGUAUUUUGAGGUGGUUAAUCAGCACAAUGCUCCAAUUCCUCAGGGUGGACGAGGUGCCAUCCAGUUUGUAACUCAGUACCAGCAUUCAAGUGGACAGAGACGUAUUAGAGUCACUACUAUCGCCAGAAAUUGGGCAGAUGCUCAGACACAGAUUCAAAACAUCGCUGCUUCUUUUGACCAAGAGGCAGCUGCCAUUCUUAUGGCCAGACUAGCUGUGUAUCGGGCUGAGACAGAGGAAGGGCCUGAUGUCCUUCGAUGGUUGGACAGACAACUUAUCAGAUUGCUUUUUGCUGGAUCAAAGGCCCUUGUACUCAUGGAAAGUCUCCCAUCUAUGAGGGGGAAGUGUCAGAAAUUUGGAGAGUACCACAAGGAUGAUCCAAGCUCCUUCAGAUUUUCAGAAACAUUCUCCCUUUAUCCACAGUUUAUGUUCCAUUUAAGAAGAUCUCCUUUCUUGCAAGUUUUCAACAACAGUCCUGAUGAAAGUUCCUAUUAUCGCCAUCAUUUCAUGCGCCAGGAUUUGACUCAGUCACUUAUAAUGGUUCAGCCAAUCCUCUAUGCCUAUUCUUUCAAUGGACCCCCGGAGCCUGUUCUUUUAGACAGCAGCAGUAUUUUGCCUGAUCGCAUUCUCCUCAUGGACACCUUUUUCCAGAUCCUUAUUUAUCAUGGAGAGACCAUAGCACAAUGGCGGAAGUCAGGCUACCAGGACAUGCCCGAAUAUGAAAACUUCCGUCAUUUGCUCCAAGCUCCAUCAGAUGAUGCACAGGAAAUUCUUCAUUCCAGAUUUCCAAUGCCACGGUACAUUGAUACAGAGCAUGGUGGUAGUCAGGCUCGUUUUCUGCUAUCUAAAGUUAAUCCCUCUCAGACACAUAAUAAUAUGUAUGCCUGGGGACAGGAAUCUGGAGCACCCAUUCUUACAGAUGAUGUCAGUCUGCAAGUCUUCAUGGACCAUUUGAAGAAACUUGCUGUAUCAAGUGCUGCCUAAAUGAACGUGUGGAGUCUUAGGAGAUACUGACUAGCUGAAUUAACAUUUCAGCUUUAUUAUACAUUUUAUAUAAUUGCAAAAUGGAUGCUCUGAUGUGCGCAAGCUGCCUAGCUACAUCGUAAAGUAAUGUAAUUUCCAAGAGAGCCCAUUUAUUAUAAAAGGCCUGAGUACAAACAACAGUUUUGAAAAGAAAUUGGAUUGGGAUUUAAUCAGAGAAUAGUCUUUUUGGUUUCAAAGAUUAUAUUGUAAUUUGUCUUAGUCCAUUAAUUAUAAUUUUGUACUGUCUUUUAUAUUCUAAUGGUGGACAAUAUUAUUUUGGCUUGCACUGCAAAGACAUUGCAAACAUAGUAUUUUUUAAAAAUCCAUUGCCAGCACUGCGCUACCAUGAUUUUCGUUAUGUUAUUUUUCAUGUUUAUUCAUUUGGGCUAGAAAAAGAACAAAGAAAAAUUACCAUAAAAGAUAUAUAUCGGGGUUUUUUUUUUUGAAAUCUGAAAUUAUUUAUUUUCUAUAAUCAGCUAUACAUUGAUAGUUUAAUAAGAGUUCUUUUUUGUUGUUGUUCUUUAGUGUGUUUGGAUUGAAAAUUCUUUGUAUCCUUCCUAACUCAAGAAGCUGAACAAGCCAAAAUAGAAGAAGAAUUGCUGUUUGUUAUUCAAAACUUACAUUUUGACAGUUCUCUUGAUAAUCUCUGGCGAAGCCUGUAAGUGAUACAGUUAGUUGAAACACUAUUAAAUGUGACUGCUCUCAGAACAGAUGCAAAUUGAUAUCUUGUACCUGUCAGCAGAGUAUAGGCAUGGGGAAACACACACAGUACAGUACCAUAAACAAAAGCAUAUUGCUGCCUGUUUCCACAAGUAAGGAAUACUUUUUUAUUAUAGCCAUAUACUAUUAUGACAUUGUGUGGUUUUUGUGUUUUGUUUGGUUUCUGUUUUGUUAUAAAUUAUGCAGUUUGCGAUUCCAGCUGAAACAGUAUUAAACAAUACAUACUGUAAUUGUAAUAAAUCUGGUAAUACUCAGUUUCAGAUUUAUUUCCUUAAAAACAAGCAAAUUCACCUUUUAAUAAUAAAGUUUUAAGUACAAAACUGA